AUGAAUCUGACAUCCUGGUUACCUGAAGAUUGGGCUGAUUUCUUUGAUUCUCUUAGCACUACCGAUAUAAUCGCAGGAGCAGUACCAGCAUUUCUUGUAAUAUAUACAGUUUUUCCAAGUGUAGUUUAUACAUUUAAACAGAGAAAUAAUAAAGGUAAUUGGUAUGUCGCACCAGAACCAGCUGAUGAAUCACCAUCGACGAAAGCCAAAUUGUUGAUCACAGUAGUUAUUUAUCAUUUUGAAAAUAUGGGAAUUGUUAAACCUGCAAUUCCACUAUCAGUCUUAUGGGGAACAACAACACUUACAACAUUAUAUUAUACUACAUCAACCCAUGAUAUUUCUCAUGAAAUUUAUUUGAUUUCCAGUUUAUUAAUGUUUAUGUUGGAAUGGGCUGCACCACGUACUAAAAACGAUGAAUUGCUUUCUGUAAAUGGUUUUGAGCAUUCCUAUUCUGUAAAG